AUGGAGCCUGCACCGGCAAAAGCGAAGCCACAGGGCCGGCUCCUAGUGUCCACCCAGCUGGACGCCAGAGACGAGUUGGAGGAGAGAUUGGAGCGCUGUGUGGUUAUUGUCCAGGGGUUGACCAAUGGACUCUCUGAGAGAGAAGCCAAUGAUGCACUUAAUGCCAGCGUGUGUAAAGGUCAGCAGCAGCAUGAAGAGGUGUGUCUGGGUUUGUUCACUCUCGUGCUCACAGAAGCAUCUCAAGCCCAGAGGUGCUACAGAGACCUGACGCUUGUCAACAGAGACGGAAUGAAUGUAGUUUUGGGGAAAAUCAACCAGAUUCUGAUGGAAAAGUUCCUCAAAUUACAAGAUACUCCGAGAACACAGCUGGUGUGGCUGGUCAGAGAGCUGGUGAAGAGCGGCGUGAUCGGAGCUGACGGCGUCAUCAUGACGCUCCUGAAGCAGAUCGCAGGUGGUGACAUCUCCGCCAAGAACUUAUGGCUGGCAGAAAACGUCCUCGACAUCCUGCUGGAUCAAAAGGAAUGGGUUUUGAAGAGUGGCAUGCUAAUAGCAAUGUCGGUCUACACCUAUCUGCGUCUGAUUGUCGAUCACGGAACGCCUAAUUUGUUGCCUCUCCGCCAGAAAGAAGUUGACUUCUGCAUCAGCAUGCUAAGGGAGAAGUUCAUGGAGUGCCUGAUCAUCGGCAGAGAUCUGGUUCGUCUUCUUCAGAAUGUUGCCCGCAUCCAGGAGAUGGAGCUGCUGUGGAGAGACCUGCUUCACAACCCGCAAGUUCUCAGCCCUCAGUUCACAGGUAUACUCCAGCUUCUGACGGCUCGGACCUCCAGAAAAUUCCUGGCUUGUCGACUCACUCCUGACAUGGAGACGAAGCUGUUGUUCAUGACCUCCAGGGUGCGUUUCGGGCAGCAGAAGCGGUACCAGGACUGGUUUCAAAGACAGUACCUGUCCACGGCUGAAAGCCAGUCGCUGCGCUGCGAUCUGAUUCGAUACAUCUGUGGCGUGGUCCAUCCAUCCAAUGAGGUGUUGAGCUCAGAUAUUCUGCCGCGGUGGGCCAUCAUUGGUUGGCUGCUCACUACCUGCACGUCAAACGUGGCUGCUUCUAAUGCCAAACUGGCCCUCUUUUACGACUGGCUCUUCUUCAACCCAGAGAAGGACAGCAUCAUGAAUAUAGAACCAGCCAUUCUGGUGAUGCAUCACUCCAUGAAGCCUCAUCCUGCUAUCACAGCCACGUUGCUGGACUUCAUGUGCAGGAUCAUUCUUCACUUUUACCCUCCGUUAGAGUCUCAGGUCCGUCAGGGCGUCUUCAACUCGCUCAACUUUAUUAUGGAAAAGAGAGUGCUGGCUCACCUCGCUCCGUUGUUUGACAAUCCAAAAUUGGACAGGGAGCUUCGAUCGAUGCUUCGAGAAAGAUUCCCUGAAUUCUGCAGCCCUCCAUCCCCUCCCACUGAAGUGAAGAUGGAAGAAGCCGCUUCUAUGGAAAUGGACAACCACGAGGUGGACAAGGAUGAGGGUUGCUAUGACAACACAGAAGCCACUUUUAGUGAUGAUGAGGAAGAAGUCAAUAACAAAGGAAAGAAGCGGGAGUUUAGGUUCCCUCCGAUCAAAGAGGCGGUGGUGGAAGAGCCUGCUGACAUCACACCCUGGCUCGACCAAUUAGAUGACACGAUGAAGGAGAAGGUACAGCAGCUUCAGAAGACCAGUGACACAGAAUCUCAGUGUGAAGUGAUGCAGGAGAUUGUGGAUCUAAUCUUGGAGGAGGACUUUGAUACAGAGCAGAUGUCCGCUCUGGCUUCCUGUCUGUCUGAGCUGUUUAAAGAUCAUUUCCGUGGAGAAGUCCUGCCAGACGAGAUCACAGAGGAGUCCCUGGAAGAGUCUGUGUGUAAACCCUUCUGUCUGAUAUUCAGAAACUUAGUCACCAUGCAAGAAGACAACAGCGGCUUCUCUGUGCUGCUAGAUAUGUUGGCAGAACUUUACCAGAAGCAGCCAAAGAUUGGCUACCACCUGCUGUACUACCUAAAAGCCAGUAAAGCCGCCAAUGGGAAGAUGAUGCUGUACGAGUCGUUUGCCCAGGCAACGGCUCUUGGAGACCUCCACACCUGCUUGAUGAUGGACAUGAAGGCCUGUCAGGAAGAUGAUGUCCGGCUGCUCUGCUACCUCACACCCUCCAUUUACUCCGAGUUUCCAGAUGAGACGCUGCGAAGCGGCGAGCUGCUCAACAUGAUUGUAGCCGUUAUCGACUCCACUCAGUUACAGGAGCUGAUGUGUCACGUGAUGAUGGGUAACCUCGUGAUGUUCCGGAAAGACUCGGUCCUCAACAUCCUCAUUCAGUCUCUAGAAUGGGAAACCUUUGAGCAGUACAGCACCUGGCAGCUGUUUCUGGCACACAGUAUCCCCCUGGAAACCAUCAUCCCCAUCCUGCAGCACGUCAAAUACAAAGAACAUCCAGAGGCCUUGUCCUGUUUGCUGCUGCAGCUGCGUAAAGAAAAGCCAAGCGAAGAAAUGGUGAAGAUGAUCUUGAGUCGUCCCUGCCACCCAGAGGACCAGUUCACCACCAGCAUUCUCAGACACUGGGCCUGCAAAUACGACGAGACCCUGGCAGAACACAUAAAAGCCCAGCUGAUCAAAAACAACAACCAGCCCCGCAAGAGACAAAGUCUUCGCAGCUCGAGCAGUAAACUGGCUCAGCUGACACUGGAGCAGAUCCUGGAGCACAUGGACAACCUAAGACUGAGUCUCAGCAAUACGAAAAACAACUUUUUUUCUCAGACUCCAAUCCUUCAGGCACUUCAGCACGUUCAGGCCAGCUGUGAUGAAGCUCAUAAGAUGAGAUUCAGUGACUUGUUCGCCCUGGCAGAGGAGUACGAGGACUCUCAGUCGAAACCUCCAAAGUCUCGACGGAAAGCUCCAGCCACAUCUCCCCGUUCCAGGAAAGGAGUAGCUCCGCCCACCAACAACGAGGAGGAGAGCGUCUCCAGCAGUGCCUCGGAGGAGGAGGACUCGAAGCCCAAAGCUCCCAAGAGGAAGCGGAAAGGUUCCUCGGCGGUCGGCUCGGACAGCGACUGACGGACGCUCCGACCUCUUGCAUCAGCAGACACGGACCACCAGCCAUCCACCCGCUCGACCACAGGAAGUGGCCCAAGCCAAGCUCAGAGACACUGCAGGCUUCGAAUCCAUGACAAACGGAUCCCCGUUUCCAUGGAGACAUAAGGACUGCCCACUGGUCUUGGAUCCAACAGGUCAAACGUCACUGUGUGGCUAAUCUCCCAUGAUGCACUGGGAGGUGGAACCAUAAACUCUUGAACCAAAUGGACUAAUUUUUAACGAUGGACACGAUUGCUACAGUGGUGAUGAGUGCACCCCCCGUUUUUUUCCUCUUUUCUUUGUUGGGGGAGGAGCUUCUGGGGUCCUUGUUUUGGAGGAUCCUCACUUCCUGCUGUUUUUAGCAGCUUAUUUCCUGUUAAUCUGGCUGCAGUAAAAGCUCCACAUCUGGUUAUAUUGUGUAAAGAUGAAUCUGUCAUAUAAAAGCCGCUGGUUUAAGGACGCCCUUCGUCUGUUACUGGGGGGACGGGAUGAAGGAUGCUGUUGCUGCCAUGAUCCCUCACGUCAAAUGGAGUUCAUGAACUUUUCUGACUUUUGUUAAAACCCACUGAACAUUUGAUGGACAUAAAAUAUUUUUUGAUACUCUGUGCAUCUUUUACGUCAUGAAAUUGUACAAAUUUAAGAGAAAUCCACACCUGGUCUAGUAAAAUCAGAAAACGGAGAAGAGCUCGUCAACA